AUGUCUGCCAACAAAUUAAAUAUUCCAAAAAAGAGAAAUCAAAAAGUUGCCGACGAUGAAAAGUCUAAUCCUGUUUCUGACACUGAACAACCUGUUGGAUCAAGUAGCACUGAUCAUCCUAGCGAAUCAACUAAAGUUAAAGAAGAAACUCCGUGGGAUAUGAAAAUGUUGUUUGAAAGAAUAUCUGCAGACAUUUCUCACCAAUUGAAUGGAUUCAAAGAUGAACAAACCAAAUUGAUUGAUGAAAAAUUUUCUAAAAUUGAAGGAACUCAAGCUGACAUUCAGAAUAAAAUGUCUAAAAUUGAGAUGGAAGUUAAAGGACAAACAGUCAUUCCCCCAGCUCCACUCAUUGGUACCGUUACUAAAGUAACUGCAUCACAAAUUCAGGAUCUCACAUCAGUUGAUGGGGCUACGCCUAGUCAACCAGAUGCGGAUUCAUUCAAUGAGUCGCAUCCUCCUGGAUCUGUACCAAAUGAAAAUGCUGUCCCAAAUCAAACUGCAAAUCAAGAAAGAUUAGGUGCCGACUUAUCUCUGUUAUCUAUUGAUAACCCUACGGAAGGAAACACCACUUUAGAUAAGUUAAGAAUGCUUGCACGCAUCCAGCAACCAAAUCUUUCGAUCCAAGAAAUUGAACAAUUGUCUUACAUCACUGAUCCAAAUACGGAGAUUGAAAAAUUAUUCACCAACUACCACGAAGAACUUCGUAUCAAGAACCAUCGUGAUAAUUUUGAAAACGAAUGUGUUAGCAAGAAUAAUUCAAACCAAUUACCUCCACCAGGUGUGAGUAAUCAUCAAGGGUUCUUAGAUUGGGUACGUAAUGUUAUUCUCACAAAGAAUACAUACUUAAUUCCUGACACUACUAUAGUAUUUAGGUUAAAGGAAAAUGCUAAUAAAGUCAAAGAUUCCGAUUUAAGUACAAUUGUUUCUAUUGCAACUGAACAACACGAAAAAGAUAGAAUCAAUUCAAUAGAAUACAGAACUAUAUUACAGUACUUACAUGCUCACAUUGAUUUAUCACAACCUGGGUCUUAUGCAAAUAUUGAAACAUUAAUCUCAAAAGGUAAGACUCCAGUUGCUGUAUUCAUUGGUGUUCGACAUGUUGUCAACAAGAAACUCAACAACGGUGAAUUGGACAAUAAAGAUUGGAUCAAUAUCUGGCGUAAAUUAGGAACAAAACUUCCAUUAAAUCUCAAAGUGAUCAUGAAACGAAUGGCACAAGAUGAGGAUAGAGCUGAUUUACAAGAGGUUACCAACUUAUCUACAAAAAAAAGUGACAGUGAACUUGCUGAUCAGUUACAGUCUAUGAACUUUGUUGCAAUUUGGAAUAAGUUUGAUAACGCCUUACAAUCUUGCUUGAAGAGGCCAACAACACCUUGGAACAAAGCAGAAUUAGCCAAAUCAAAUAGGUCCGAAUCAACAUCUACAACUGAUCAAACCAACACUGAAGAAUCUAAGGCUGAAACUAAGAAACGGUAUUGUAGAUUUUGUGGAAGUCUGAAUCAUGCACCAAGAGUUUGCAGCAACCAAACCUAUUACUACAAAAAUGGGAAGGUCAAGUUCAAAAAUGGUAAAUAUCAUGAUGAAAAUGACGUUGUAUUGGAAUUAGAACAAGGCAUCGCGAUUAAUCAAAUCAAUGCAAACCCGGUUGACAUAUCACCCCAGAAUGCCAAGAAAAGAGUGAUUAAUGAUGACGAUCAACCAAAUAAGAAUCUCAAAUUAGAGAAACAAGAUCCAAAUGUUAAACAUGAGGAUGAUAUGAAUAUUGAUUCAGAAGAUGAGAAUGAUGAAAAUUAUGAUCCAGAAACUGACAACAACAAAGCUGAAGAUAAAUUCAAGACCCCAUCCAAAACGGCCAUGGAUAAAGAAGCCUUGGAAUUGGAGAAGGAAGCUCAGGAACAUCGACUACAACAAUAUUUAGAAGGUAGUGAUGAGAAUAGUUCAGUUCAAAAUCAAGAAGAUCAUCAUUCCAAAACCAAUGAGCAAUCAACAUCUGCAGUGUCAGAUAAUCUGUCAAAGCAACAACGCGACAGCAUCACUGGUAAAUUUAAAUCUGCUGAUAACAAGAAACCUACUACAGAGCCAAUCAUUAAGACUAUCAACCAUUCAGACUAUUUAUUAGGUAAAGGUCCACGAAAAGCUAGAGCCUCACACUAUCAUAUCAACCCACCUCACAAAUCUGGUUUAUAUCUGCAAGUCCUCAAGAAUAAUACAACUGUUCAAAUGUCCAUUGAAACUUUAUUCUCCAUGUGUCCAUCAUUCCGAAAAUUUGUUAAUGCUCAAACGAAAGCCAUCUUGAUUCCCAGAGAAGGACCAAUUAAUGCUACUAUUAUACGGUCCAAAGAUCAACCCAAAGAUACUACCAAGAACAACUUGACUGAAGCGGAGGCACAUACCAUAACAAUCCUUUCAGAAGCAGAUGGCAUUACCAUUAUGGACAUGGAAGAUGACAGUAAACAAAUUGGUGCUGGCGAAGUAUUAAUUAUAACACCGGAUGAACAGAUUGUAACCAUUUCAGAUUUGGAGAAGGAAUUUGAUUCAACAAUUGAUAGUUUGGAAGCUAAUAUUGCAAUUUCGGAUCGACGUGAAGCUCAUGUUAUUGGUGACCCAAUAUAUAUCAAUGCAAAAUUGAAAGGCAAGCCAAUAAAACUAAAGUAUGAUACAGGUUGUAUGGGCUCUUUAAUCAAUCCAGAAACAUUGAAACGGUUAGGGUUAAAACUCAGUGAAUUUCCUGCUGUUAUUAAAGAUGCAAAUGGUGGUCAGAAGAAAGUCAAUGGGAUUAUCAGAACGUUUGUUACUGUAUAUGGUCAUGACCUCCCAAUCGUAUUGAUUCCGCAUGAUCCCACUCCCAUUGACCAGAUAUUAUUAGGCCAGAACUUUUUAGAGCAUCAUAAAAUGUUUGUAGGAUACUUAUCAAAUGAUGACAGUAGAAAACUAAUCUUCAGUGAUGGAAAUAAGUUGAAAGCUUAUCAAUUAACAAAUAAUAUUAAUCAAAUUGAAAAUAUUGAAUUUACAAUGCACGUUGAAACUGAAAAUCAAAUUGAUGUUGAAGUACCACUGUAUGAAAUUAAGAAUGUCUGUUUACACGCUAAUCUGGGAGAUAUUACAUUGGAACUAACCAAACCAACUAUGCAAACGGAUCUCAGUGAAAUAUUCAAGGAAGUUUUGAAUGAAUCGAUUCUCAAUGAACAAGGUAAGCAAUAUUUUUUGAAACAAGCUGAACCUUUUAAAGAGGUAUUCUAUGUUGAAGGAGGAUCUCCAGGAAGAUUGAAUCCAGCAGUCCAUCCACCAAUCAAAAUCAGAUUGAAACCUCACAAACCAUGGAAAAUGAAAACCAUUCCGUUGGGUAAGAAUCGGCCAUUAGCUAUCCCUUUAUUGAACUCCAUGCUUCAUCACAAACAGCUAGUACCAUCCAAUGCUCCUUAUCGAAACUCGUGGUUUAUCAUCUUAAAGAAGAACAAACAGCCCAGAAUGCUUUGUGAUUUAAGACCACUCAAUGAAAAUGUCGAAGUAGAAGCUGCACAUCCAUUGAAUACGGAAGACCUUACAUCAGAGUUAGCUGGUCGAGCAUUCAACACAUUGAUUGAUGUGAAGAAUGCAUACUUCCAAAUCCCAUUAGAUCCAGAAACUAGUGAUGCAACCAGUUUUCUUACACCUCUUGGCUUAUUGAAAUAUGCAGUGCUUCCUCAAGGUUUCACAAAUAGUGUGUCCGAAUUUCAGAACAUUUUGGCAUCUUUACUUAAGGAUAUUGCUGAAGACGUGUUUAAUUUUAUCGACGACAUUGCGGUUAAAGGCCCAUUGGUUGAUGAAUACAGACUGAACAAAACCCUUUGGAGAAAUCACAUUGAUAAGGUCAUUGUAGUAUUUAAAAUCUUACUGAAUGCUGGGUUGAAGAUAAAUCCUCAGAAGUUGAAAUUAGCUGUUGAAGUAUCGGAAUUUUUAGGUUAUCGAAUUAGUCCUGCAGGUAAAACCAUCGUUGAACUGAAAGUUGAGAAACUCACGCAAUAUACAAAACCUACCAGUGCUAAACAACUCCAGAGUUGGUUAGGUCUAGUUAACUACUAUCGUCAGUUGAUCCCUGCUUUCUCAGAACUAACUUCACCACUAUAUCAGAUAACUAAAGAUCCAGAUCAGAAACAACGAAUUAGUUGGACAGCUGAAUUAUCACAACGAUUUCAUGAGAUCAACAAAUUAUUAGCUUCAGAACCAAUUCUCACUACCAUUGAUUACAAUCAGAUUAUUUCACUUCAUACAGAUGCGUCAAUUCAUUCCUGGUCGGGUGUACUACAACAAACAGGCGAUGAUGAUAUUACUAGGUUAAUUCAAUGUCAAUCAGGAAAAUUCCAUGCUGCUGAAUGCCACUAUACAAUAUGGGAAAAGGAACUCUUGGCUAUCUUUAGGUCCCUUCAUAGUUUCCACCACACAUUGCUUGGUUAUAAAGGCAUAAUUCAUAUUUUCUGCGACAAUAAAGCCAUUGAAGAAUUAUUAUCACGUCCACUUACCAACAGCUAUGCAGUCAACAGGCUCUAUAAAUGGUUAGUUUAUAUUAAAGGAUUCAACUAUCAAAUCCAUCACAUUCCAGGUGACAAAAACGUCAUUGCUGAUGCUUUGACUCGGAUGAAUUAUAAUCAACCACCAAAAUUGUCUUAUCCAUUAGAUGAAGCCAUUACACUGUUUAGACAACACCUCAUCAUUCCAGCAUCAACCAUGAAUAUUACAAACGACGAACCUAAAUAUCGUCAACUUGCUCUACGUGCAAUUUACAACUAUUUACAAACUUUGCAGGUUCCAACCAUCUAUGACAACGACAAGCGAAAAGCAUUUAUCCAUAGGGCUCAUGAAUUUUACAUUGAUGAAGGUAGACUCUACAAGUAUGGAAAGAAUGGUCAAAUGUCCAGAUUAGUAGUGACUGAUCCACAAGAGAUUCAGAAACUUUUUCAAUUAGUACAUGAUGGUCGGGGUCAUAUGAAGAUAUUCAAUGCAUUCAAUAUUCUAAAUUCCCAAUACUAUAUCGACCACUUAUAUCAACUACUCAACCAGUACAUAUCAUCUUGUCCCACCUGCCAACAAUAUGAUGGUGUUCCCAAACAUUCAGAUCCACUUUAUAUCAAUUUACCGGCUGGUCUUUUUGAAGUUAUUGUCUGUGAUUGUGUCUAUGUCCAAGAUCAAUACAUGAUUGUUGCUCGUGAUGAAUUUACCGGAUGGGUUGAAGCAAUCAUUACUCCUGAAUUAAAUGGUGUUGUUGUUGCCCGAUUCAUUUAUAAUGAGAUUAUUUGUCGUGUAGGUAUAUUUAAGGUGUUCAAGACAGAUCAAGGACCUGAAUUUAAAAAUAGCUUUGUCAAAACUUUACUAAAUCGUGUUGGUGUACCAAUGAAGUUUACUAUUGCUGAUCAUCCACAAGCCAAUGGUGUAGCUGAACGUAACCAUCAACCACUCAUCAAUUUUUUCCGUAAAUUACCACUGGGAAUUGAUCUUGCUGACGUCUUACCAACAGCUUUAUGGGUUGACCGUACCAACAUCCGCAGAUCAACAGGUUAUUCAGCACAAUAUUUAGUUUAUGGGUUUCAAGGCCAUUCACAAUUAUCCACCAUUGUUAAUCAUGCACCACUCAAAACACAAUAUACCGAAGAUGAAUUAUUCAAAUUUAGAUUCCAACAACUACAGGCACGAAAUCAACAGCACAUCACUGCCCAGUCUACAAUCUCAAGAAUCAGAACACAAUCCAAAGAACACUAUGAUACAGUCCACAAGACAGAUAACCCAAUCAAUGUUGGUGACCUUGUAUUAGUAUGGGAAAGAUCUAUAAAAAAUGCACUAGGUAGCAAAACCAAUAAAGGUAUUCCAAGAUGGUCUGGUCCAUAUAGAGUUAAAUCCAAAGGUGAUCGAGUGUACUCAUUAGAAACCCUCAGUUCGGUACCAUUAGCUAAAACAUUUGCUCGUCAACACCUCAAAUUAUACAUUGUUCGGAAACUGCUGGCAAAUGAUUCUGAAGGGGGAGCUGUCGUAUAG